UCGUUUGAAAAUGGCGGCAUUACCGACCGUUUACAAUUAUUAUACCGCCGGCGGUAUUACCGCCGGCUUAUCGGCCGCGCAAAAUUACUUCACCUUAAACAACAAAAAUAUUACCUUGCACAGUGGCGCGCUGCAUUACUACCGCGUACCUCAACAAUAUUGGAGAGAUCGCCUGCGUAAGAUGAGAGCCGCCGGUUUGAACACCGUCGAAACGUACGUACCAUGGAAUUUACACGAACCUGAAAUUGGAACUUACGAUUUUGGAAACGGAGGAUCGGACAUGCAGGAGUUUUUGAAUCUGGAAACUUUCUUGAAAACUGCGCAAGAAGAAGAUCUACUUGCAAUCGUUCGUCCCGGACCGUACAUUUGCGCCGAGUGGGAAUUUGGCGGAUUUCCAAGUUGGUUGUUGCGAGAGAAAGAUCAGGAGGUUAGAACUUCCAAUCCGAGCUUUAUGAAACACGUUACGAGAUACUUCAACGUGCUCCUACCGAUCCUUGCGGCAUUCCAGUUCACAUUAGGAGGACCGAUCAUUUCAUUUCAAGUGGAAAAUGAGUAUGGUGCGCUUAAACUUUGGCCAGUGUUUGAUACUGAUAAGGUGUACUUGGAGCAACUGCGGCAAUUGUUCCUCAAAAAUGGUAUCGUUGAACUGCUGGUAACAUCAGAUAAUGCAAUUUUGCAUGGAAUUGGCGGGACGCUAACGGAACAUUUUUUGCAUACAGCGAACUUUGCCGAUUCUGCAGACGAGCAAUUUGAUCGCCUGAACGAGUUGCAACCAAACAAACCAACAAUGGCGAUGGAAUUUUGGACGGGUUGGUACGAUCACUGGGGUGCGACUCAUAACGUCCGCAGUAACGAGCAGUUUGAGCGAGUUCUAGACAGCAUUCUUAAGUACCCCGCAUCGGUGAACAUGUACAUGUUCCAUGGAGGUACCAGUUUCGGUUUCCUUAAUGGAGCAAACCAGCUAGUUUCUUUAGGCGACACUAAUUUCAUGUACGCACCGCAAACCACGAGCUACGAUUACGACGCCCCUCUUUCGGAAAGGGGAGAUUACACUGAAAAGUAUCACAUCGCCAAGAGAUUGAUUAGUAAAUACAGUAAGGUGCAAUUUAAGACGCCUGAAAUGCCGAAAGUGACACCUACAACUGCGUAUACCAACAUUACUAUUACCGAGCAAUUAAGAUUUGAGCAAGUCGCAGAGUUGGUUAGUGAAAAGUUCAACUAUGCCUCGCCAGUCGCAAUGGAAAUGCUGCCAAUCAAUAAUGGUUCGGGACAAAGCUACGGAUAUAUUGUUUACAAGAAGACAGGCUUAGAUAUACCAGCAAAUUCGGAGUUGAAAAUCAGUGGUUACGUUUGGGACUCCGUGAUUGUCCUAAUCGACGGUAAACUGGUAUCAAAACAACUAACGGGCCCUCACGAUUUAAACGGCUUUGGUUAUUGGAGACUUGAAAAUGGGAAAUUAAAUCUGGGUGGCAUGAACAGAACUAACGCAACACUGGAGUUGGUAGUCGAAAACUGGGGACGCAACAAUUUUGGAUUUAGCUACCAGUUCAAACAGUUCAAGGGUCUGUGGCAAUGUGACGUUUACAUCAAUUCCGACGUAAUUUCGAAUUGGGAAGUAAUGCCUCUUCAAUUCAAACGCAAAUGGACCAAUAGCUUAUCCGGCUGGCAAUCUCCAGAUUUCUCCAUUGUCGGUCCUUCACUGUAUAAGGCAACAUUUACGGUAGAUAAUCCUGAAGAUACGUUCCUUGAUAUGAGGGCGUGGACUAAGGGAAUCGUGAUGAUCAAUGGUUUUGUUUUGGGAAGAUACGUAACUCCUUUAGGACCACAACAAACACUUUAUCUACCCGCUCCUUUGCAAAACAAGGGAGUCAAUGAAAUAGUAGUUUUUGAGCAAUUUACUCCUAGUUCACAGAUUACUUUCUCUGAGAAACCCAUUUACCACACUCCUAGGGAUGUAAUCAAAUCUAAAAUGUAAAAUGGUUGUGUAAUCCUUUUUUUAAAUUGUAUGCCACUUUAGGUGUACAUACAGAAUAAAAUUUUGUUUAUAUCUCA